AAAUGGCAACCUGGGAACGAACGAGAAAUUGUUUGGUAUUAUUAGAGAAAAGUUUGUCAUGCAAACUUUGUGAUGGCAUCUUAGAUGAUCCUUUUAUUAUUGGAAAUUGUGAGCAUGUGUUUUGCAAAAAAUGCAUCACAAGGCAUCAGGGUAAUUUCUGUCCACUCUGUUUCAUGCCCUCAGCUGUUAAAGAUGUACAGAGUGACAGUCAGAUGGGAACUCUUCUGAAACUGCUUAAUGAAUUGAAAACUUUACUUAACCAGAAUCAACAGAAUAAUGAUUUUAUUCCCAACCACACUAUCCAAAAUGAGAGCCAGGUAAACAAAGACUUUGUUGAAGAACCGGAAAAAUGUAUACCUACACUGUUUUCUAAGAAACAACAAAAUGAUAAUAUUGCUGGAGAACCUAAUAACAAAAUAUCUACAAAGAAUCAGCAAAAGAUUGAUAUUGUUGAAAAAGCUGUGGAAGACCACUGUAAUACUGAUAUUAAUCAACUGAACAAUGAUUCUCUCAAAGAAUCUAAGAACUUGGCAUCAUCAUGGAACCAAGGAAACAGCACUUAUUAUGAAGAGUCUAAGAAUAUUUUAAACCAAGCCCAACAGCAUGAAAAUGCUGCUAAUUUAGCUGAAGAAAAAGAAACCACAAAAGAGAGUCAAAACCAUGUACCACCUAAAGGUAGGAACUUAACCUCCAGCACUAUUGAAAAAUCUCCCAGCAGUCGUCAUGAGUUACCUAAAGGUUACCAGUUAGAUGUUGAUAUGUCAUCACCUUGCUGUCCUAAGAUUGAAUACAUUAGUGAAAGUGCAAACAAAAAGACAAAAAAAACAAUUAAGGAGUAUGUAAAAAGAAAAGAGAGUGAGUCAUUACACUGUAAAGAAACCCUGGAAAAUUAUUCAACGAGAAAUUCAUCACCAUCUCCUAGACAGUUGCCAACCUGUACUACUCCUAUAUGUACUCGCCGUCUUCGACAAUCUCUAAGUAGCCCUGGUGGCAGUCCUGCAAAUUCUUCACCUGCAGUAAUCAAACGAAAUGCUAAAGGAGAAACACCUUUACACGUAGCAACUAUUAAGGGAAACAUUAGUAGAGUCAGAGAACUUCUUGCAGAUGGUGUUAAUCCUAAUGUCAAGGAUAAUGCAGGGUGGACUCCAUUGCAUGAAGCUUGCAAUCAUGGACAUAAACAGAUUGUUGAAGUGCUGCUUGAUCAUGGGGCAUUCAUCAAUGUUCCAGGAUUAGACAAUGACACUCCUCUUCAUGAUUCUGUGAACAAUAUGCGUUUGGAGAUUGUUGAACUACUAGUAACUAGAGGAGCUGACAUACAUGCCAGGAAUUUGUAUGGAUAUACUCCAUUGGAUGUUGCUAAAACUCGAGAAGUGAGAGAUUUUCUUGAAAGAUGUUUUCAGAAGGCUCCUGUAACAACAUAUGAAAAUAAUUUGAUGGUGUGUAAUGAGCAGCCUGAACAGUUGGUCUUAUUAGGUACAGGACUGAAUAACAUCCAGAAAACUCAGCUUCAGAAGUGUGCUUCCUUGCUCAAAGGAUCAUUAGCUUCUAAUUUUUCUUCAGACGUUAGUCAUAUUGUUGUAGCCUGCAACAAAAAUGGAUAUUGCCAACGAACUUUAAAAUACCUGCACGGAGUCCUGACUGGGAAGUGGAUUGUAACAUUUCAGUGGGUAGAAGUGUGUUUAGAAGACAAACAAAGAGUUGCUGAAGAAGGGUUUGAAGUACCGGGAACAACAAAUCAGCCAAAUAGCAAUGGUGCCACAAGAGGAAGACUUAACAAACAGAAACAAUUACCAUCAUUGUUUGUUGGCUGCCACUUCUAUUUCCAUGGCAACUUUGUUAGCCCGUGUCCUCCAAAAGAAGAUUUAAUUGCUUUAGUAAAGGAGGGAGGUGGUGUAGUGCUUACACGAGAACCACGACCAGAAGUACUGGAAAUGGAGAAACCUACUGUACCUUACCAUGCUGCACCAUCAAGUGACUUAUCUAGUGUUUCCUACUUCAUUGUCUCUCAGAAUACAACUACUGGCUAUCGUUACAACCUCAAAAGUCCACUAAUUUGUCAUGUCUCAUGUUUCUGGUUACUAGAUUGCAUUGGUGCCUUUGAAAUCCUUGGAGUAGAUGGAAUCAUUAAAAACCAAUAACUUUAAUGUUUUAACUAUUUUCAAAACUGAAAACAUUAGGUUCUAUUUUCUAAAUCACCCUAAGGAAUGUAUUUUUAUUUCUAAUUCAUAAAGUUAUUUCUUUUCAGCUGAAUAUAUUUUCAAUUAUUCCUUUCCAUAUCAUUGAUGUUGAAAACGUAAACUACUAUACUUCAAAAGUUUUUAUUCUAGACCUACUAUAACAAAAUCUAGUUCAAAAUAAUUGAUACUCUCACCAAAAUUUGCAAAGCUGGAACUUAGUAUUUGAGAUAUCAAUAGUUAAUUCAUCUGAGAAAAAAAGAAGAAAAAGUGAACUUUAAAACUAUAAUCUUGAUUUCUAUACAUCAUGGAAAAAUAAUCUUAGUUGUGUAAAUAUUCAGAAAAAAUAUUGGGUAUAGUUAAAUAUAUAUAUAUAUAUAUAUAUAUAUAUAUAUAUAUUUAUUUUACUGUCAUUGCUUUGGUCUACUAACUAACUUUUGUCUAUUUUCUUGGAAAAUUAAAUUGGUAGUAUCCAUCUCAAUAUUUGUUGGUAUUAUACAAACAUAGUAUUCUUACAUGCAUUAAAAAUAUGAUUUAAUUGUGAUCUUGAACUUGAAAACCUAAAUUUGUAAUAGGAUUAAACACUAUACAAUUUUAGAUAAAAUAAAUAAUAGUUAAAAGGUACCCAUCAAUGUGUGAAAGGUCUCUCAAAAUCCUCAAUUAUUUAGGAAAUAAAAAGUAUUUUUUAAAUUUUAAU